UUUUUUACACUGAUUGCUUUUACACCCAUAAAGGCUGUAAAAGCAAUCAUUUCUCCUCUCUGGCUGCAUUCUUGCAGCCAUUUAGAAAUACUGUAUGGUGAUUGGUCACAGCUGGUCACAUGGUACAAGGCUGUUGUGAAUAGCCUUGUACCAUGUGAUCUCUGUGAUCAUUCACAGAUUUCACACGUAAUAAGCAAUGAUGUCAGAAGUGACAUAUUGCUUACCACUCUCUUCAUGGCCAAUCAGUGAUCACAUGAUCGGGACCUCACACGUACAAUGAUCGGUGUUGCACUGUUUCCAGAGGACACAGCGGGCACCGGAUCACGGUGCUGCGUGAUCCCAGGGAGUGCGCACGAGCAGGGAGGCCGUUUA